AUGCAGCUCCUUGUCCUAGGUGGUAGUGGCCGAACAGGCCAGCUCAUCAUUGAAGAGGCAAUCUCCAAAGGCCACAAUGUCGUGGCGCUCGUCCGAUCACCAUCCUCUCUGGCUGCCCGGUCUGGCUUAACAACGAUUCAGGGCACGCCUAUGAAGCGCGAAGAUAUUAAGAGAGCUUUUGAAGCCUCUUCGACACCACCCGAUGCCGUCUUAGUUGCCUUGAGUCUAAAAAGAGUUUCGGACUCCCCAUUUGCGGCAGUUUCCCAGAUGCACCAGCUAGGAUUAGUAAUGGAGGACUCUGUGGCAAACGCCAUUUCUGUCAUGAAGGACUUUGGAACCAAGCGAAUUACAAUUAUGAGUCAGUGGGGAGCCGGUAACAGUUUCAGCAGCAUGAGUUUCCUGUUCCGCGCAAUGUUCCAACACACCAACAUGAAAUAUGGGUUGGCGGCUCAUAACGCCUUAGACGAGGAAACUCGGCAGGCUGACGUAGAGUUUGUGCUGGCAAGAGCUUGUAUACUAGCUGAUGGCGAGGCCGCCCCGGUUCGAAUAUUUCCUGAGGAUGGAAAAUCAAUUGGGUUUGUACCCAAGAUCACUCGGGCAAGUGUCGCCAAGUUCAUGGUCGAAGCAUGUGAGAAGGAUGAUUUCAUUGGUAAAAGUCCUGUGAUUUCGAACUGA